AUGGCGUCCAUCCGGCCCAUGACGCCGAUGGACCUGCUCAAGUUCAACCCAUGCAACUUGGACCACUUGACGGAGACCUACAACAUCGGCUUCUACUUGGAAUACUUCACCAAAUGGCCCCAGCUCUGCAAGGUCAUCGAAGGUCCUUCAGGUCAGAUCGAAGCUUACAUACUUGGAAAAGUCGAAUCGUCUCCAUUCCCUGCUCCAGUAGAGCCAUACGAUCCAGGAUUGACCAUCUACCGGAAGAAAUGGCCCAACUACCUUCCAUGGCAUGCUCACAUCACAUGCUUGACGGUAUCGCCGGCAGCGAGACGCCUCGGCUAUGCCACGAAGCUGUCGGAAGCACUGGAGAAGGUGGGCGAUGAGGAAAACGCAUGGUUUGUUGACCUGUUCGUCCGGGUUGAGAACGAGGCAGCCAUCAAGCUCUACAAAAAGAUGGGCUACUCCGUUUAUCGCAGGAUUACGGAUUACUAUAAUGACGGUAGCGAUGCAUACGACAUGCGCAAGCCGCUUAAACGAGACAAGCAGCGGAAGACCGUUCGCGCCAAUGGCGAGAAUAUCAAGGUCGACCCGUCGGAGGUUUGGUGA